AUGGAAAAAUCCAACGACAGCUCAGAGUACGGUUUUAUCUUGGUGGGCUUCUCAGACCGCCCCAAGCUGGAGCUGGUGCUCUUCAUAGUGAAUUUCAUCCUAUACUCAGUGGCCGUGCUGGGAAAUUCAUCGAUCAUCCUCGUGUGCAUCCUGGACACUCGACUUCACACCCCAAUGUACUUCUUUCUGGCCAACCUCUCUUUUCUAGAUCUGUGCUUCAGUACUAGCUGCAUCCCACAGAUGCUGGUGAACCUCUGGGGCCCUGACAAGACCAUCAGCUAUGCCGGCUGUGUGGUCCAGCUUUUCUCCUUCCUUUCUGUGGGGAGCGUCGAGUGCAUCCUCCUGGCCGUGAUGGCCUACGAUCGCUACGCGGCCGUCUGCAGGCCCCUGCACUAUCUGGUCAUCAUGCACCCCCAGCUGUGCUUACGACUGGUGGCUGUGGCCUGGGGGAGCGGACUGGUCAAUGCCAUCGUCAUGUCCCCCCUCACAAUGACUCUUUCCAGAUGUGGCCGGCGCCGGAUCAACCACUUCCUCUGCGAAAUGCCAGCGCUGAUCAAGAUGGCUUGUGUGGACGCCCGCGCAGUGGAGAUGCUGGCCUUCACCUUCGCCAUUCUCAUCGUCCUCCUGCCCCUUACUCUUAUUCUCGUCUCCUACGGCUACAUCGCCGCCGCGGUGCUGAAGAUCAAGUCCGCGGCCGGGCGCCGCAAGGCCUUCAACACCUGCAGCUCGCACCUGACCGUGGUCUCCUUGUUCUACGGGAGCAUCAUCUACAUGUACAUGCAGCCCGGAAACAGCUCUUCCCAGGACCAAGGCAAGUUCCUCACCCUCUUCUACAACCUGGUAACGCCCAUGCUCAACCCACUCAUAUACACCUUAAGGAAUAAAGAGGUAAAAGGGGCGCUGAGGAAAGUUUUGAGGAGGCAGCAAUGA